UAUAUAUUUUUUUCUUGUAGGUAGCUUAAAAAUGGAUUCUCACAAAGAAGCUCAGCCUAAAGGAGAGUUUAAAUGUCAGUUAUGUGGCUUAACAGCUCCAUAUACCUACUAUGGGCAGAAGCCACCAAACACGCGCUCAAUUGUGCUUUUGGAAGAGUGCUAUGUAAUGAAGGAUCCUUUCACCCCUGACAAGGACAGAUUCCUCAUCCUUGGGUCUCAGUGCAGUUUGUGUAGCAAACUGGUGUGUGUUGGCACGGAAUGUAGCCUGUUUUACUCUAAAAGGUUCUGCCUCCCCUGUGUGAAUGAAAACCUGAAGGCUUUUCCUUCUGAAAUACAAGAAGAUAUGGAUAAAAAGAAGCCCCAACCAAAAUCCUUCCCUUCUAAAAAAACGGAUGCAAAGACUUAAAUACUGAAGGACCAAGAUGGACAGUUUUUUGGCUGGGGUUUUGCAUCUCUCCGUUUCCAGACUAUCAUGUUGCUUCUGUUAAAGAAGUGACCUUCAUCAGCUUGCUACUACAGAAAGGAGUAACACAUUUCCUUAUAUUUGGCUUGGCUUCAAGCAUCAUCAUGCAGUAGUCGCAGUGCCAGCAGCAUGGCCUUAAGGUGUUGAAAAACUCAGAAAGAAAGGCAGACAAGCCUGUUGUCACCACAUUAAACGCAUGCAGUAAGAAAAUAUAAACAGCUCAAAGCACAGGAAAUAUAUCCAAAUUUCACAUUUGUUAUUAAAAUAAU